CUGGGCGGAUGCGAGCGGUUUCUGGAGCCGUAGGGCUGGCCCGAAGCGCCGCGGUAUCAUGAGGCGCCGGUAUUUAAGAGAUUAUGGCAUCUAAAACCCACAAUGUUAAAAAACGGAACUUUUGUAAUAAUACUGAGGAUCAUUCCAUUGAUCUUCCCAGAAAAAGGAACUCUAAUUUCACUUAUAAGAACAUGAAGGAGGUUAAGAAAUCUCCAAAACAGUUGGCUGCUUACAUAAAUAGAACAGUUGGACUAGCUGUGAAGAGCCCAGAUAAACUACAUAAGGCGAUCUAUUUCAGAAAGAAAGUUCAUCGUCCUCUCCCCAGUCCUUGUUACAGAAAGAAGCAGGCCCCUAGAAGUGGGGGCUGUGUCAUGGCAAAUAAAGAAAAUGAACUGGCUUGUGCAGGCCACCUACCUGACAAAUUACGCCAUGAUAGUCGAACAUAUUUGAUUAACUCCAGUGAUUCUGGGGCUUCACAGACAGAAGGCCCAUCAUCAAAAUAUAGUGGCUUUUUUUCUGAGGUUUCUCAGGACCAUGAAACAAUGGCGCAAGUUUUGUUCAGCAGAAACUUGAGGUUGAAUGUAGCUUUAACCUUCUGGAGAAAGAGAAGUAUAAGUGAACUUGUAGCCUAUUUGGUGAGGAUAGAAGAUCUUGGGGUUGUGGUGGACUGCCUUCCUGUACUCACCAAUAGUUUGCAGGAAGAAAAACAAUACAUCUCACUUGGCUGCUGUGUAGACUUGUUACCUCUAGUAAAGUCACUACUUAAGAGCAAAUUUGAAGAGUAUGUAAUAGUUGGUUUAAACUGGCUUCAAGCAGUUAUAAAAAGAUGGUGGUCAGAAUGAUCAUCAAAAACAGAAAUUAAAAAUGAUGGAAAUAUUCAGAUUUUAAAACAACAGUUAAGUGGGUUAUGGGAACAGGAAAACCAUCUGACUUUGGUUCCAGGAUAUACCGGUAAUACAGCUAAGGAUGUAGAUGCUUAUUUAUUACAAUUGCAUUGAGAAGUUUCCUCUACUAAAGAAUAUGUGGUUGUUCAGAACAUCCCAGGACUAUAUGAUUUCCAGAAAAAAAAUGUCUCUUCUGAAAACUUUGAACUAUGGAAGAAAUAAAAACAUUUUUUCUUUUAAAAAUCACACAAUGAAACCACUAAUGAAAUCCUAACAAUCUACUUCACAUUGAAGUGGGAAAAUAUCCCAAAGGAGCAGCUUCAACUUCAAUGAGGUGAAAGUGCACUAUGAAGAUUGUUGGCCAUUGCUGCGUUUGGAAUUUAUAUGUUUAAGAACUACUGGAUCUCAAUGCACUCCUGCAUAUUGCAUAAUAUAACUUAUACUAUGUGGAAAAGUAACAAAGGACUUAAUACUAGGAACCACAAAGACCAAUCAUCAUGAAUUUUCUUAAGAUUGUGUUUUAUAAGAAUACACUUAAAUGUGUGCAGCUAUUUUCUUAUGUUGAAAAGACUGAAAGUUUAAAACAUCAUAGCAAAUAAUCAAUAUUAAAUUGUUUUUGUUCACACUGAGAUACUACUGUGUAUGCAAAAUGCCUUAAUUAUUAAGAAGCCAAUGUGUAAAAAAUACCAAGAUCUGUUUUUUAAAAAAGAAAACCAACCAUGCUUCUGACGUGUUAAAAUCAUGGAAUUAUAUCACAGGUUUACAUUCAUGUAGAAUGUUGUGGAAACCUACUUCACAUCAGUUUUAAAACUUGAGAAUAUUUUUAGUAUCUCUGAUUUUCUUUUUGUCAGAAUCAUCGUGGCAUGUAUGUAUGCGUUAUACCUAUACUAAAAACAAAAAAUGAAUAUGUAUUGUAUGAAUGCUUAACUGGAAAUGUUGGAGUUAGCUAAUUUAUGUUCACUUUUUAUUGUACAUGGAUUUCUAAUAUUUUCAGUUCUGUAUCAUUUAAGUGUCUUUCAUU